UUUACAGGCGGGUGUAAGUAUGCGGAACUGGUGAGGAUCCAGUUUUCACCGGUUUUCAGUGGACCCAUCGACGUUAAGGACGACGCACGGAGGAUACGCUCAGGGAAGAUUUUUCAGUUUUUAGUAAUAAUAAUAUUUUUUAAAAAACUUAUUUAUCGCGGGGGAUCUAUCAACGUUUUAUUGUCGAAGAAGAAAGACUCACAACAACGCCAUGAGUGCUGGGACAUAUUUGGGUCUCUGCUUGAGUUUACUGGCCGUCUGCGUCUCGUUGGGCUCUGCAGCUUCAGACCAGCAGAUCUUAGGACAUCCUGGGAUGAGUGUCAAUCUGACAUUUCAGGUUCCCACUGGCACCACAUCUGUAUGGCUAAAAAGACUUCCCAAUAAGAAAUAUAUCUGCUACUGCCAAGACUUAACAUCAACACGUCCCAGUGACCAGGAGGAGUCAUUUAAGGGUCGGGUGGAGGGGAUGGACUGUAGCAAUAUCAGCAGCACCGUCUCUGUAACUUUGAAGAACCUGACCAGAAACGACAGUGGGACAUACGAGCUUCAAGGGGUGGACCAUGGUGGAAGAUACUUUAAUAAAACUGUCUUCCUGAAUGUUACUGACCCAGGUGAGACAGGCUUAUUCACAACAUUACCUCCCCUGGGUAUACCACUGGGUGGGCGUAGUAAAAAGGUGAAUGGUACAAUAAAUUUGAAGAGCUUUCCGUACUACAGAGAUUGUUUGUUCAACAUGAGUUACCAUGGCGAUAUAACCUGAUUUGGAGGCUGUUUUAUCUGGUUUUGCUUUGAAUGGAUCCAAAUGCCAGCUCAUCUUUUUGAGAUGUGGUUUCUUGUGAAAGUCACACGUUAAAUUUGUAAACUAGAAGCAAAGAAACUGUGUAUAUGUAGAAUAAUCACGAGAAAAUUACUUCAGAUCAGGGAAAAUGGUUAGUAAUUAUAUCCAAAAUUUGUGAUGCCGUUCUGUUGCUGUUGUAACGCUUUUAAAGAAGAAGAUUUAUUUUAAUCUUCUUUCUCUAAAAUGUCUAGAAACGCCCCUACUUUCAUCUCUUGAAAUAUCUUUUGAGAGAACUUGUAUCUCUUUCUCCCCUUUUCUUUGCCAGAGUAAAGUAAUUGGACAAACAAAAUAUUUUCUGUAACUGAAAAACAGAAUAUUGUUUAAAAAUGGCAGAUAAUAUAUAGAGACAAAACUACGAACCUGACUGAAUGCCAUGGUUAAAUAAAAAGCACUAUGUAAAUGAAAGUCUUUUCCAUAAUUUGAAAUGAUUCAAAUGGAUAAUAGAUGGUGGGGAAUAUCAGAAUAUCAUCAUAUCAGUGAAAGCUGCACAGGUUAUUUUGGGGUUCAGUGUCUUGCUCAAGAAUAUUUUGACAUAUAUACGAGAGGGUCCAGGGAUUGAAUCACGACCUGAUAUGCUCUACCUUCUGAGCCACAGCUGGUCUGAGUGAUGUGAUCAGAGUGCAGUAGAUAAUGUCUGACAGCAGUUUGAAGAGGAAAUGGAUUCUGUUCUGUUCUUCACUCAUCACCUACCUGACAGCUGACACCUCACAC